AUGGACGCAGACACGAAUUCCGUCGCCGUAAAAUCCACGGCACGCUCAGCAAUAUUUCAAAUCGCUUCCAUUAACACACCUCUAUUUAUAUCGGCACUCACCUACGACACAAUAGACUCUGCCAGACCGUGCGACAAAAACGGAUACUUGAAAUUAGUCUCUUUAUUCAUCCGCAAGAAACCAUUAAUACUGUAUUCUAAUCUACCAGCGUUAGUUGAGGCGGUUGUCAAAUCGCUGGAUCCUAAUAUACCGAAUCUUCGAGAAACUGUUUUGCAAACGACCACAAGUAUUUUACACGAUCUAGUGAAAACUUUUCCUUCGAUUACUUUUCAUGGGCGAUCGCAGAAACUUGCGGUUGGGACUUUGGAAGGGGCGUCGAUAGUUUACGAUUUGAGAACGGCGACACGGUGCCAUGUGUUGGAGGGUCACACAAAACCAGUUACAGCGAUAUCAUUUUCAGGAGAUGGUAAAUUAAUUGUUUCAUGCUCGUUGGACGAACAAACAGUCCGUGUAUGGAAUCCAAAUCCAGGAUUAUUGGGCAUGUUGACUGGGUCAUUAGCUGCGACGGCUGGUGCAUCACGAGACACGAAACCAUUUGUUAACACGCUGUCGAGCUCAAUAAAGCCAUCUAAGACUUUUGGAUUUAAUAUUGGGGAUGAUGUUCGCUUAUCUGCACCAACAAUUUUGGAUACCGUACACUUUGAUUGGGUAGCUGAGCGAACAGUUAAAUUAUAUGUUCAGGAAUUGACGAUGUCUUUUAAUGUAUAA